GAGUGCCGGUCUCGGCUUGUUCAGAAAAUGGGUCGUGACAAUAAACGUUGCAAAGCAUUUGUUGCCAAUGUGCUUUUUGUUCCUUUUUUUUAAAAGCCAUUUUAAGUUAGGUUUUUUCUUUACUUAGCUGGCUUGAACUGGCAACCAUCUGUGGCCAAGUAAAAAUGGCUUAACGACCAACCAUGUGAUCUCCCCUCUAUCCCCUAAACAAAGUAAACUCAUAGAAUUGAAACUCUUUCUACAUGGUUAUUAUCAUAGAAAAGUUGAUAUUUUGGGCCAUAUCUCACAUUAUGUCACUGUUUAUUUGAUGUUAUUUCAUAUCCUUUGCAUUCUCAUGUGCCAUGUACUUGAAAUGAUAUCUCAUUUCGACAAUUACACAACUCAUGUUGUUCUUGAGGCAGGCUGCAAAAAUUCUUGCUAAUUUAAUUGUAAUGGGCUCUUCUAUAUUGGCAAGGGCUUUUGUUCAAGCAUAUCGCCAGGCAUUAGCCAAUGCCUCGAAAAAUGGUGUUGCUCAAGAAGCAGUGCAGAAUAUUAAAAGAGCUAGUAAAACCAUGACGGAAGCAGAGGCAAGGCAGAUUCUUGGCGUCACUGAGAAUUCAUCAUGGGAAGAAAUUGUGCAGAAGUACGAUAACUUGUUUGAGCGAAAUGCUAAAAAUGGGAGUUUUUACCUUCAGUCAAAGGUUCACAGAGCUAAAGAGUGUUUAGAAGCAGUUUACCAGCCUAAAGAAGCAGAAACAAAUAAGACAACUUCUCCUGAUGAUUAGUACUUAUAUAUCUUUGGUGCUAGUGAUUACCUAGUUAGUUCCUCAGAUCCUUGUCAAAAUCAAUUUGGGUGACAGCAGCUUGAGGUUCUUGUUUAGACACAUCACAAAGUUGUAGAAUACAUUUAUAUUAAUAAAGGGAUCCUAAUUCCUGAAGCA